GCGCGUGUCUCGACCGCUGUCUGGACCCUUUUCCUCUUUCUGUGAUGAAGAGGGAGGUUGUCGGUUAGGCUACGCGCCCCGCUGAGUGGCAAUUUCAUCUCAUAUUUACAAACUGAUAAGCUUUCUCGUGCAUUUCUUCUAAAUAUGCGCUUCUAUGUGACGCGUUAGCUUAUAAGAGUGCGAAAAAAGCGCGUCCCGUCUUGGCCGGUCUCUGUUUGUGUGCAUGCCUGUGUGUGUGCGAGUGUGUGUGUGUGAUUGUGUGCAACAUAACCGGCUUAUUUACAUUAAAUACGCCACAAGGUUACAGUGCAGAUGAGCGUCAUUUUAUCACUCAUUACUUCUCUCUUAUACUGACUGAUGCUCGCGCUCUCCGCUCAUCUCACUGGACUUUUUCUCGAGGAUACAAGACUUCGCAUACUUUCCCCCAAAAGCUGACUGUGUGUCCCGGUCCUUGGUCUCUCACAGAGUAAAGACUCAUCGCAGCUGUCAUCGCUUGUUGCCGUACAGACUCAGUGGCGGGGUGAGUCACGGUCUCUUCAACCUGACGGGCCCCGGACCAGUAUGCAGUUAGAGUGAUCAGCUUCCUGAUACACAGAGGGACAGACAGAAAGUGUAUGUAAAGUUAUGAAGGAAGGCCAGCAGGUCCCCCCUCCUCCUCCUCCCCCUGCUCGCCUGGCCGGCGAAUCUCCUUGGGAAUGCAACACCCGCCUCAGGAUGGAGGACUCUAGUUUGUGCCUUGGUGUAUCCUCGGUGGUCUCAGAUGCUGACACCCAUCUCAGCAACGCAGUACUUAACGGUCGCUACCCAAUCAGUCAGAAACUGCAUCAGCUGACUGCUCAGCUGGGUCAUGCCUUUCCUGAACUACAGAGUCGCCAGCAGAUCCCAGAGGAAAAGGCAGCAACCCCACUGGAUGAGAAAACCCAUGCUGCCUUAGCUAGUCAGCCAAUCAGCAGUCAGAUGGCCUUACUGGCCAAUCAGCUCAAUCGUGACAUGGAUGUGGGCGCCUUGAGUGGUCUCAAUGGCCGUGUUGAUUUGCAACAAUUUCUCAAUGGACAGAAUUUAGGAAUCAUGUCUCAGAUGAAUGAUAUUGAAGAUGAUGCUCGCAAGAACCGCAAAUACCCCUGUCCUCUAUGUGGCAAGCGAUUCCGCUUUAACAGCAUUCUGUCACUUCAUAUGCGUACACACACUGGAGAGAAGCCUUUCAAAUGUCCAUAUUGUGACCACCGAGCUGCUCAGAAGGGUAAUCUGAAGAUCCACCUCCGCACCCAUAAGCUGGGAAAUCUUGGUAAGGGCCGUGGUCGUGUACGUGAGGAAAAUAGGCUUCUUCAUGAACUCGAAGAAAGAGCCAUUCUACGUGAUAAGCAAAUGAGGAACAGCUUGCUGCAGCCACCUCAACCGCUUCCACCCCACUUGGGUAUCCAGACUCACAGCCAACAACAGCCUGGCUCUGCCUGUGGCCUGCUCACUCCAACCAGUAUUGGUAACUCACCUGAGGGACUGACCCAGCCGUCUGCCUCACCUAAGCCUGCAAGUAACAACCUGCAAGACGAGCAAGCCCUCAACCCAGCCCAAGGAUACCGGUGCACUUUUUGCAAGGGUAAAUUUAAGAAGCGCGAGGAGCUAGACCGCCACAUUCGCAUUCUCCACAAACCCUACAAAUGUACCCUGUGUGAAUUUGCUGCUUCACAGGAGGAGGACCUGAUCAGCCAUGUGGAGAAAACGCAUAUUACCGCUGAAUCAGCCCAGGGACAGGGCACAGGAGCUGGCAAUGGAGAGAAACCCAGCAAUGAAUUCCGCUGUGAGGUUUGUGGCCAGGUUUUUAGUCAAGCUUGGUUUCUGAAAGGCCACAUGCGGAAACACAAGGACUCCUUUGAACAUUGCUGCCAGAUCUGUGGACGUCGCUUCAAGGAGCCCUGGUUCCUGAAGAAUCACAUGAAGGUGCAUCUCAACAAGCUGGCCAUCAAGAGCAAGCCUCCUGUUGGUGGAGGAGCUGAUGAUGAAGGACACUCUGUGAACAGCAUGAGCAGCCUUGCUCAAGAAGCUCAUGCAAACCUUUAUUCACGUUAUAUUUCUUGUUUGCAAAGUGGUUUCCUCACACCCGACAAACAAGGCCUGGUUGAACAGCAGCACCAGAUGCUGGCCAAAGCCGGUAUUGCAAUGAAGGAGAAGGAGAUGCUUGGAAAGCUCCUAAGUCCAAUGGCCAGCAUGGGCCAUGGCUUAGGGGAAAAUGAAAAGCGAUCACUCCUAGGUUGCCUGAACUUGGUGCCCCCCUUGAAGUCUAGCUGUAUGGAGCGCUUGCAAGCUGCAGCUAAGGUAGCAGAAAUGGACCCCCUAAACAGUUAUCAAGCCUGGCAAAUCAUGGCACGUGGAAUGGCAAUGGAACGCUCCUUCAUGCCAAAAGAACAGCACCAUGGUGGGCAUGGACAAGAAGAUGAACUUGUCAAUGCAGCUGGGAUUGUUCCCUUUGGUAAAGACAAGCCUGACCACCCAACCUUAGGCUCUACUGAUGUUUCCAAGCAGAAGCAACAUCCCGAUGUGCUUCAUGGAGUGAAGACAAGUGGAGGCAUGAUGCCCUUGAAAGAUGAAGGUUUAACCUUUGAUAGUCACCGUGAGUUCUUACCCCACCAUGGUGGUCUGGGCCUGGGCCAAGGGCUUGAGUACAGCCUAGCCAGCCUAAAGGAGAAAGCAACUGAGUGUCCUGACUGUGGCAGAGUCUUCAGAACCUACCAUCAGAUGGUGGUCCACUCUCGAGUGCACAACAAGGAUCGUCGAACCCUAGAAGACAGCUCCCAGCACAUUCUAGAUGAACGGCGCGGCUCAGCUAGCGACCCUGAAUCUCAGUCCAUCAGCCGAUCAACUACCCCAGGCUCCUCCAAUGUGACAGAGGAAAGUGGUGCUGGAGGCGGACACUCCCAGACAGGCAGUGUGCAGGAUGACAGUCCCCACCCUUCCUCUCCAUCCUCAGAUGUCGGGGAUGAGAUGGCGAAACCUGUGAGCGCUGUCCAGCCCCCCACUACUCAGCACCGGGACAGGAGUGUGGGUUCAAGCAUGAAGGACUGCCCCUACUGUGGCAAAUCUUUCCGCACCUCACACCAUUUGAAGGUCCAUUUAAGAAUACACACAGGUGAAAAGCCCUACAGGUGCCCUCACUGUGACUAUGCAGGCACUCAAUCAGCUUCUCUGAAGUACCACCUGGAGCGCCAUCACCGUGAGCGGCAGAACGGAAGUGGACCCUCGGCCAACCACCCUCCAUCAUCUGAACACAAGGAUGACCACAGCAAGAACAGCGGUGGUACUGGUGUUUUUGCUCGUCCUGAUGUCCUUCGCGGGGUCUUUAAAGGCAUGAUGCCCUCUGGUCUUGACUUCAGAGGAGGUCAAAUGCUUCCACACCAGUGGGCUCCACCAGGAAUGCUUUCACCCAGAGACAGAGAUCGUGAAAGAGAGCGCCAUGGACCAGGACCAGAGCCCACUACAGAGAACAUGAAGAGUCCCGAGGGACCUGGUUCUGCAGCGGACAGUCCUGCUAGCUUCUCUGACCUGGGUCGGGCCUACCAGAGUAUGGUGGGGAAUGGAGUCAACUUCCAGGGCUCCCUUCAGGCCUUCAUGGACAGCUUUGUCCUCAGCUCUAUGAAGAAGGAGAAAGAAAUGAGAGAAAGUCAGCUGCACGGUCAGCACUUUAGCCAGGAGAAUGCAGAGAUCAAGACCAAAAGAUCCAGCGAGGCCAACCAGGAAGAGAAUCCCACCAGUGACAUUAAACCAGCUGAAGGUGGCCGUUCACAGUAUGAGCCCCUGGAUUUGUCUGUUAGGCCAGAAGCGGGAACCCUUCCUGGAACCUCUAUCACCAUCCAGGAUAAUGUCGCCUGGCAUGGUUGCCUCUUCUGCUCCUUCACAACUGCCUCUGUAGAGCUGAUGGCCCUCCACCUGCAAGCCAACCACCUGGGUAAAAGCAAGUGUGGCCCAGGCAAAGAUACUAAAGAGCACCUCCUGGGAGAGCCUUCCCAUGUGGGCAAAGCGACUGGCUUGGCUCCUCCACCACCAGGCCUUCUUCAUCACCAUGAGGGAGCCCCGUCCAGGGACAGAGAGACUGAGUCUGGGGAUCCAAAGGGACAAGCAGGCUGGUCCAACCAUCUGGAUCAGCCCCCGCACGGAGCCUCCAUGGGAGCAUUCUCCAGUGACUUCUAUAAGCCCUUUGGUCCUGUGUAUGAUGGCUCUGCUAGAGGGCCUGUUGGAUUUCUGGACCAGCAGCAAAUUCAGCCUAACGACAUGGGUGGUCAGGGCCCUCUGGAUGACCUAUCCGACAAGGCUUCCUGCAGUGAGAUAGAGGCAUCUGAGGAACACGGUGGCCAGUCUGAGGAGGACGAAGUGAGUCGUGACAAAUCAUUACCCAACCCCACUGCGACAGAGAGACACAUGCAUUCAGAUGAUGAAGAGGAGGCAGAUGAAGAAGAGGAGAUGGAGAUGGGUGAUGUCGAGGAAGAGGAUCGUGGAUCCAUGCAAAUGCUUCCUGAAUCUCCAUUGUCAGGAAAGGACAUUCAAAGAUGCAAGCUAACCGUGGGCCCUCAAAGCUCUGGGCUUUCCCCUCCUCAAGCUUCCAGCCCUGAGAAGCAAUGGCAGCAGCAAGCAGGCCUGGGUCUUCUCUCUUCAAGUGGUGGUCCUCCUGGCCUGAUUAAGCCUGAUCAACCGCACCUGGAUCACCAGAUGAACAUGCUAUCUGUCCUGCGGGCCUACAGUUCAGAGAACCUCGCAGCCUUCAACGGAGGCCUUGGUGGAAGCUCCAAUGGAGGAAGCGGUGGCACCAGCAACAUGAAAAGAAAUGACCCCUCUGGUCAUGGAGGUCAGAGGCCAUUCCAGUGUCGUUACUGCCCCUACAGCGCCUCUCAGAAAGGCAACCUGAAGACCCAUGUGCUCUGCGUUCACCGCAUGCCCUUUGACAACAGCCAAUAUCCCGACCGGCGCUUCAAACGCUCCCGCAUAGACUCUGACAUCUCCGGGAACUCAGAGGAAGGGAAUCAUCAUCCCUCUGCUAGUCAAGCUAACACAGGAGAAUGUGUUUCUGGUGAUACUCCUCGUUCUGUCGAGUGAAGUGGAGUAAAAUGUGAUCCAGGGAUUUUUAGGACCUUCAAGUGACCACAUUGUGCAGACAUUCUCCUAAAAGAAUCCUCAUCAUCCUAAAAGAAACAUGAAGUUAUUCAAAAUAAUUCCUCUUUUCCCAAAAAGAAACUGGCAUUCCAUAAGUUUGGGGUUCGCAAACUCCCAUAAUCAAAGCCCUUCAGCCUCAGUAAUGUUCUGUGAAGCACAGGAUAAAGAUGAUGAAGUAGAGAAACCUGAACCCUAUUUCUGAUGAGUCUGAAACUAAAUACGCAGCUCUUAAAGGAGUUGCCUGGACUGAGCGUUGAAGAGACAUUACUGAAUAGGAAAAAUGACAACGUUUAAAAAAAAGACUGUCAUUAAAUUCCUCCGAGUGACUUUUGUCCCAAAAAUAAUGCUUUUAUCAGAAAAACGAUCCGCGCCAACGAUUUCGCGACAGUUGGAAGGGAAAGAAAGAUGGAGGGAAGCUGUUGAGCGCACCCUUCAAGAACAUGACACCACCAGUGGCCAUUUGCCCAGCGCCACUGACGCGCAGGGAUGGAGCGAGCGGACGGAGGGAUGUGGAUGGUGAAACGGGGGGGGGGAGGUUGGGGCGUUUGGUGCCAGCCUGACUGGAGCUGUCAUCACAGAGGAAAUCAAUUCAACCCCCUCCCACGCUGCUUCCAUUCACCCCCACUCUUCCCAUUCCACCUCUCCUCACUCUUUCAGAACACGUCAAGAGAAACCUUAGUCGCCUGUUCAGCCGGGCCGCAGAAGGGUCAGCUUCAGACCUGCCUGACGACUAGUAGCACUUCCCAUCAGCCUCCCUCAUUCCCUCUUGUCCUCAUCUUUCUCCUGUGAAAAAUAAAAUAUGGAAAAAAAGGUAACAUUGUAUAAUAAUACAUGGAUUUUCUUUAUUGUUGUGCAGUUUUUAGAAUGUAUAUCACUUAAAGUGGUAUGGCAGACACACAUGAAAUGUGUUUUUUUUCGCAAUCAGCACUUCUACAUCAUACAAAAGUAAUGUCAUUGUCAUUGAAGGAGGUGCAUCUUCCCUUCUAACUGGUGGACUUUGGGCAAAUACUGACCACAUGUAACCAAGAGAAUGAAUGUGUUAUUUGUGAAGUGUGAAUUAUAUGAAGGAACCGUAGCGCUUCUGUUGGCUUUAUUGACCCACGGACCUACUUUUUAUACAGUAGAGCUCUUGAGAAAGCCACUGUAGAUAUGAAGUAUAUAGAUAAUCAGUUCUCUGUUACCUGUGUGUAAUCGAAACUUCAGGCUUGCAUUCCUGACUUUGUUUUGUUUGCUCAUUUCUUUUCCCCUUAAAAGAUCAAAUUGUGCAUUUCUGACCAUAUUCAUUCCUUUUUUCCUCCUAAGUUUGAAUCACACAUCACCAUGGCCCAUUUCUGUAUGCAUCUGUUGUCCUGAAUGUUACUCUACUAGAAGAGAUUAACAACACAGGCAGUUUGAAUCCCAUGAAACCAAGCCUCUUAAAGAACAAAAUAAAGUGUAUCAACUUUCAUUGUACUUCCUUUUAUUGAAGGCUAGCAGGGGUUAGAAGGUAAAUAAGUAUGGGUAGGGGGUUAGAGAUGCAUGGGUGGUGGUGGUGGUGAGGGGGGAAGGGUGGAUAUUAAUGUUUUGUGAUAAACAGAAAUGAUCCAGACUUUAAGAAAGUCAAUAUCUUCCCGCUCAGCACAGGGAAGCUCAGCACUUAAACCCUAGGGCCUUACGGCUGCUCUAUUCAUGCCGAGAGGAGUUUAGAGGACUCACAAAUACCCGCCACACUCCUCUCUAAGCAGUAAAUAAAAACAUAAACCCUUAUCAGAGCCCUAAGACCACAACAUCUCAAGAAGAAAAAAGGAGAAGAGAUAAAGUGGAGUAGGAAAAAAAUUAUAGAAGUGGUCUAGAAGUGGCGCAUGGAGAUUUUACAGGUUCACAGAAAAUGUAGAGGUUCCAAGCAAUGGAUCUUUAAUUCACCAUAACACUUUAUUUUUUGUGGUCUGUUCUUUGUUGCUGAGGUUUUUUUUUUUGGCCCUAUUCUUUUUAUUUUGAUAGUUCUCACUGCCUUAAAUCGAGU